AGAUAUCCUUUCCUCAGAAAGCUUAUCUCCUGCAGCAGCUCAUCUGUCCGACGGGGGGCGGCAGUAUCCCAGUAACUCCUUGAAGAUGUGUAGGUGGGAGGAGAGAUUCGCGUUCAAAAUCUUUUUGACUCUACCGACUUUCCGUAGCGCCUUAGCCCGCUCGAGUUUCAAUGCGCGUUGUUGCUGGAUGAAGCUGAGUCCUAUACAGCGCUCGCAGCUCUCCCGAUCAUGGCUUCUUCGAGUUCCUUCACCUAUUAUUGUCCUCCAUCUUCCUCCCCUGUUUGGUCAGAACCGCUGUAUAGUCUGAGACCUGAGCACGCGCGGGAGCGGUUGCAAGACGACUCAGUGGAAACAGUCACGUCCAUAGAACAGGCCAAAGUAGAAGAGAAGAUCCAGGAGGUCUUCAGUUCUUACAAGUUUAACCACCUUGUACCAAGGCUCAUUUUGCAGAGGGAGAAGCACUUCCAUUAUCUGAAAAGAGGCCUCCGACAACUGACAGAUGCCUAUGAGUGUCUGGAUGCCAGCCGCCCCUGGCUCUGCUACUGGAUCCUGCACAGCCUGGAGCUCCUCGAUGAACCCAUCCCCCAGAUAGUGGCCACAGACGUGUGUCAGUUCCUGGAGCUGUGUCAGAGUCCAGACGGUGGCUUUGGAGGGGGCCCUGGUCAGUACCCACACCUCGCACCCACUUAUGCUGCCGUCAAUGCGCUGUGCAUCAUCGGCACAGAGGAAGCCUACAACGUCAUUAACAGGGAGAAGCUCCUUCAGUAUUUGUACUCCCUAAAGCAACCUGACGGCUCUUUUCUCAUGCACGUCGGAGGUGAGGUGGAUGUAAGGAGUGCAUACUGUGCUGCCUCAGUAGCCUCUCUCACCAACAUCAUCACUCCAGACCUCUUUGAAGGCACGGCCGAAUGGAUAGCCAGGUGCCAGAACUGGGAAGGCGGCAUUGGUGGGGUGCCAGGGAUGGAAGCCCACGGUGGCUACACCUUCUGUGGCUUGGCUGCGCUGGUGAUCCUCAAGAAGGAACGUUCUUUGAACCUGAAGAGCUUGCUACAAUGGGUGACAAGCCGGCAGAUGCGGUUCGAAGGAGGUUUUCAGGGCCGCUGCAACAAGCUGGUGGACGGCUGCUACUCCUUUUGGCAGGCAGGGCUCCUGCCCCUGCUGCACAGAGCCCUCCACGCUCAAGGUGACCCUGCCCUCAGCAUGAGCCACUGGAUGUUCCAUCAGCAGGCACUGCAGGAAUACAUCCUGAUGUGCUGCCAGUGUCCAGCCGGGGGGCUUCUGGACAAGCCUGGCAAGUCACGUGACUUCUAUCAUACUUGCUACUGCCUGAGCGGCCUCUCCAUUGCCCAGCAUUUUGGAAGCGGAGCCAUGUUGCACGAUGUGGUCAUGGGUGUGCCCGAAAAUGUUCUGCAGCCCACACACCCUGUGUACAACAUUGGACCUGAGAAGGUGAUCCAGGCCACCACACACUUUCUGCAGAAGCCAGUCCCAGGCUUUGAGGAAUGUGAAGAUGAGGUAACCUCAGAUCCUGCCACCGACUAGAGGACCCCGUGGCUCUCCCAGCUCCCCCGUCAGACAAGGUUUCUCCAUUUGGGUGUGUAGCACACUCUGUGCUACUUGAGCCUUGGCCACUGUGGAGUUGUGGUUUCUUUGUCCUUUCCUGUCAAACAAAACAAAGCCAUCAGCUCUGGGUUGGAAUACACGGUGGUGUGAUUUUUAAAGUUAUUUUCAUACCUGUCAAACAAAAACCCUGGGAGCCGAUGUGGCAAGCCAGGUUGGAGAUCAGUGUAUGCUGGGAAGCAGCAGCUCACCCCCCCCCACCCCCCCCCCCCCCCCCCGGCCCACAAUGCUGAAAUGGAAGAUAUCUGUGAGUAUCUGCAUCCCAGCCACUGCUGUGACUCCACCCACACACACCAUUCAGUCACCAGACCGGCAUCCUCUCUGUGCAAGGGUGGGGCCGUGGGUCCAGCCAAUACGAGCUCUGGAAGAGAGCACUGGGCUCCAGCAGGCCAUAUUUAUGCUUGUCUCUUUCACCCCAGUCAUCUGCAAAGGACAGGGGUCGGGAAUGAAGAAGGGUCUUAGAUUGAGCCCUCCCCAUAACCUGGGGAAAACCGAGUCACAUCUCUCUCCGAGGCCACGUUUGGUAUGAGUGAGACUUAUUUUGUCCAUGGUAUGAUGACUACACCCAGGUAAUCAAUUAUGAGUGGAAAACCGACCUCUCGGCCAACUCUGUGCCAGAGGAAGCAGCUUCCCCAUGCCCAACCCCUGCCUCUCCCCAUCAUGCACCAGGAGAGGCCCUCCUCCAGCCACGCUGUGGCCCAGGCUCCUUCUAGUCCUUUCUCCCCACCCACCCCUUCAAGACAGUGCUGUCUCUUCUCAUCCAGAGUGUUAACACUACUAAGGCUUUCACCUUAAUCGAUCACUCAGGAUUUGUUCCCACCCUGUCCACUCCAGGCAAGCUGGCUGCUGCCGGGACAGCAGCCUCAGGUAGUAGGGCAAGUGCUGGCAGUAGUCCUGGAUCUGCCCCUGCACCGGCCCUGGCACGGUCUGUAGGGUGCCGAGUUUGGUCGUCCAUCCACUGCUACAGUCAUAGCGAGCUGCUCGCGUCACUGUCCCAGCCUGUGAGCAGGCAGACGGGAGCUUGGAGAUGUAGCAUGAGGUCCUUCCCCUAACCACUGGCCAUUUGCUGCCUCUGAUUCCCUGUUGCUUUGGUGUACUGGGCUAUGUAUUACCUCCUUGAAAUAAUAAAAGAAUAACAUUUUC